GACUUUCAAGAAGCGAAUGUGACAACUAUUAUGGGUCGGAGGGAGCAAUACAAUAAUGUAGUUAUUGUUUUUUUAAUUACUUUCGGAAUAUAUGUUUUAGGUAAUACCAACACAAAUGAAACGAAUUCCUGAAGAUGAUGAAGGUUCCAUGGUUGAGGAGGAAGAAGUGACUGUGGAUCCCAUUGAGAGAGGUUUUAUUAAAGAUUGGGAUGCCAUGGAGGACUUGUUGCACCAUGUUCUUUAUUCUGGUCUUGGUUGGGAAAUUGGAAAUGAAGGUCAAAUUUUGUUCACUGACCCACUCUGCACUCCCAAGGCUAUUAGGGAACAAUUGGUGCAAUUGAUGUUUGAAACAUUUAACAUCUCGGCUUUAUGCCUCUGAGCAGGCAGUAUUGUCGCUUUAUGCUGUUGGACGCAUAUCUGGCUGCACUGUUGAUGUUGGUCAUGGGAAAAUUGGUAUCUGCAUUGC